AUGUCUGCCCCCACCCACCUCUCUCUGCGGCUUUGCAAGGUGCUUUGCUCCAAUUGGGGCAGUAUGGAGCAGGGGCAGCUAGCCCGGUCCCUGCAGCUGAGCCCAGAGAAAUUGUCCCAUCUGAUGGAUUCGGAGGAAGGUCGGAGUUUGGUGACCAGAAAUCAAGAUGGUGAUCAGUUGGUGGUCUACACCAGUCAGCUUCGCAUGUGUGCUGACCGGAACCAGGAGUGUUCAGGCAACUGCGAGAAACUUCAUCUGUGCCGCUAUUUCAUCCUGGGGGGCUGCAGCAGGCCGCACUGUAAGUUCGACCAUCGCAUCGAUACAGAUAAAGCUGUAAAGGUGUUGAAGAAGUACCAUCUUAAUGGCUUGACCAUAACAGAAUUGCGCUACCUGCUCCUACAGAAUGACCCCACCUUGUUUGCCUGAUGUCUGUUUGCACUACAACCGUGGUGAGGGUCCUCAUGGCUCCUGCACCUUCAAAACCAGCUGCAACAAGUUGCACGUCUGCCAACACUUCCUGCAAGGCGACUGCAAGUUUGGAAGUCAAUGCAAGAGGUCACAUGACCUCAGUGAGGAGGAUACGUGCCGGAAGCUAAUUAAAUGGGGGCUGGCUGCCAGCCUUGUGCCUCAAAUCCUGGAGUCGUACCUGAAUGCCAAUGCCAUUAAAAACAAUGUUACUCCAAAAGCAGAGCUUAAAUCCCCUGCGGGCAAAGACAGGCCAGCAAUCCAAAGAUCUGCCAGUUCUCAGCCCGUGGAGGAGAUUUGUCUCUACUUCAUCUUAAACAACUGCAGCUUUAAAGAACGAUGCGUGAGGGACCACUAUCACCUCCCAUAUAGGUGGCAGGUGUAUAUCGAUAAUACCUGGAAGGACGUUUCAAAAAUGGAGGAGGUAGAGCGUAUAUACUGCGAUCCUAACAGUGGAAAUCCAACGAGGGACCUGAACUUCAACGCCAUGAUGUAUAAAUCCAAUAAGAUGAGACGACUCUCCACACCUUCGUCUGCCUCUAAACCUCCCCACUUUGUCCUAACCACUGAUUGGCUGUGGUACUGGAAGGAUGAAUAUGACAGGUGGAUAGAAUAUGGCCGAGAGAACCAUGCUCACAACUCCGCUACUAUAACCAGCAGCGACAUUGAGACAGUCUUCUUGUCGGAUGAGAAUGCCAGUGUCCAGUUCAAUGCCGGAAAACACAGCUAUGUGCUUAGUUUCAAAGAGAUGAUGCAGAGAAAUGUUCGUUAUAGCACAGAGCGAGCCGUGUGCCGGAGGCCCAAGUUUGUGUCUGAAGAAGAUGUGCCAAAACUGAAGAAGAGAAAGUCUGAUCCAUCCAGAACCGGCGACAAGUCGACUCCGGAACAGUGGGACCAGGGACAGAUACCCCAGGUCGGGUACAAGCUUGUUCAACUUCCUGUAUCUUCAGAGGAGUAUAAGAUGAUACAGAGCAUGUUUCAGCGCACAGUUCCCGCCACCCACAUACAGAGCAUUGAGCGGAUCCAGAAUCUGGCACUGUGGGAGGUCUAUCAAUGGCAGAAGGAUCUGAUGAAGAAGCGCAAUGGCGAUCGGGAAGUGGAUGAGCGCAAAGUGUUUCAUGGCACCAGCGCCGGUCUGGUUGAUGCCAUCUGUCAACAGAACUUCGACUGGCGAAUCUGCGGGGCACAUGGCACAGCAUAUGGGAAAGGCAGUUAUUUUGCCAGAGAUGCUGCCUAUUCGCACAGAUAUUGUAAGAACGCUGAUUCUGGGCAGUAUGUCAUGUUCGUGGCCCGGGUGCUGGUUGGAGAUUCCAUCCGCGGCUCGUCCUCAUACCUCCGUCCACCUGCAAAACCCACCUCUGGAUCCAGCUUCUAUGACAGCUGUGUGGACAGCGAGAGCAAUCCUUCCAUAUUUGUCAUCUUUGAAAAGCACCAGAUCUACCCUGAAUACCUGAUUCGGUACACAGAGAAACCAGCUGACCUGCAGUCAAUGAUGGGCGCACUGCGCUUUUGGUAG